AGCGGAAUCUCUCAGGUGUUUUGAUGAAGUGUCAUGGAGGCUGCUAGCCACCACCACUGCUGACGGUUUUGUUACUGUCUAAAUCCUGGUUUUAAUCACUCAGUCGCUCUGUCAGCUCCUCUAGCGUAAAGGUGAGCAGCCAGUAAAAUCAUGGAGUCCAUGCUCAAUAAACUAAAAAGCACCGUCACUAAGGUGACGGCCGACAUGACCAGCACCAUCAUGGGCAACCCUGUCACCCGUGAGUUUGAGGUGGGCCGACACAUCGCCAGCGGGGGUCCAGGAAUGAGCUGGAGGAUCUACAACGGCACUAAAAAAUCCACCAAACAGGAAGUGGCAGUUUUUGUGCUCGAUAAGAAGAUCAUUGAUCGCUAUCAGAAGUUCGAGAAGGAUCAGAUUAUUGAUUCCCUAAAGAAAGGAGUUCAACAGCUGACCCGGUUACGACACCCGCGCCUCCUCACGGUCCAGCAUCCGCUGGAGGAGUCCAGAGACUGUCUGGCGUUCUGCACAGAGCCCGUGUUUGCCAGUCUAGCCAAUGUGCUCGGCCAAUGGGACAAUCUCCCUAGUCCUGUUCCCACAGACAUCAAAGAAUACAAACUCUAUGAUGUAGAGACGAAAUACGGCUUACUGCAGGUCACAGAGGGUUUGUCGUUCCUGCACAGUGGGGUUAAGAUGGUUCAUGGUAACUUGUGUCCAGAGAACAUCAUCUUGAAUAAGAGCGGAGCCUGGAAGAUCAUGGGCUUUGACUUCAGUAUCUCCUCGAGUAACCCGUCUGACGCUGAGCCCAAGUAUGGGUGUAAAGAGUGGGACCCCAAUCUACCGCCUCUCUGCCUCCCGAACCCAGAAUAUGUCGCUCCUGAGUACAUCCUGUCCGUCAGCUGUGACGUGUCCUCUGACAUGUACUCACUGGGGGUGUUGGUCCACGCCGUGUUUAAUGAAGGCAAGGCCGUCUUUCACGUCAACAAGCAAGACAUAUACAAGAGCUUCAGCCGACAACUGGACCAGCUGAGCCAUCUGAGUCCAGGAGUCUUGAGUCAGAUCCCAGAGGAGGUCCGGGAACACGUGAAGAUGUUGCUCAGCGUCACCUCCAACGUGCGUCCAGACGCAGAUCAGAUGACAAAGAUUCCUUUUUUCGAUGAUGUCGGAGCCAUGACUCUUCAGUACUUCGACUCGCUUUUCCAGCGGGACAACUUGCAGAAGUCUCAGUUCUACAAAGGCCUCCCGAAAGUUCUGCCCAAGUUGCCCAAGAGAGUGGUGAUUUACAGAAUCCUCCCGGCGCUCACGUCUGAGUUCGUGAAUCCUGACAUGGUUCCAUUCGUCCUUCCAAACGUGCUGCUCAUCGCUGAGGAAUGCACUAAGGAGGAAUACGUCCGCCUUGUUCUCCCUGACCUCACCCCAGUUUUUAAACAGCAGGAGCCUGUACAGGCCAGCAACAUGAUUCUGCUGAUAUUUCUACAAAAGAUGGACCUGCUUUUGACCAAAACACCUCCUGAAGACAUCAAGAACAGUGUUCUGCCCAUGGUUUACAGGGCAGUGGAGGCCCCCUCUAUUCAAAUACAGGAACUUUGUCUGAAUAUCAUUCCCACGUUUGCCAAUCUGAUUGAGUACCCAUCUAUGAAAAAUGCACUUAUCCCUCGUAUCAAAUCUGCCUGUUUACAGACAUCCUCGCUAGCGGUGAGGGUGAACUCUCUUGUGUGCCUAGGCAAGAUUCUGGAAUAUCUGGAUAAAUGGUACGUCAUUGAUGAAAUUUUACCAUUCCUUCAACAAAUUCCAUCCAGGGAACCAGCAGUGCUCAUGGGCAUUCUGGGCAUCUACAAGUGCACUUUCACCCAUAAGAAACUGGGCAUCCCAAAAGAGCACCUGGCUGGAAAGAGUUUACCUCAUCUGGUGUCACUUAGUAUUGAUAACAACCUUAACCUUAACCAGUUUAACUCUUUCAUGGCUGUGAUCAAGGACAUGUUGAGUCGCAUGGAGUCGGAGCAUAAGACCAAGUUAGAACAGCUGCACAUCAUGCAGGAGCAGCAGAGGAGUUUAAACAUUACAAACCCAUUGAACCAAUCAGAAGAGACUAAAAACACACCCAGCCCAGCCACAAAAGUAAGAGAUAUUGAUGAGAUCUUUGGUGGCAGUUCAGGAACUGCAGGUGUGAAUGGUAACCAGAAUGGUUCCUCAUCAACUGUUUCACAACUCUCACGAGUAUCUCUUACCCUGGAAGAAAAGCAGCGUUUGGCUAAAGAACAGGAACAGGCUGCUAAACUAAGAAGUCAGCAGCCACUUGCUCCACAGAGCAUCAAACCAGCCACAACAACACCUCAGGCAAAGGAUCUGACCAGCAGUCUUCUGAACAAUAUGACAUCUCUGAACAACCUCGGUUUAAACUCUGGGACUAGGACGAUGCCCCUACAGGGUGGCACCAUUUCCUCUACCUUCCCAGCAGCACCCACCAUGGGUGGAAUGGGCACCAUGGGCGUCAGUAACGGCUUCAAUUCACCCAUGGGAUUCCAGACGGGAGGUAUGGUGAUGGCCAUGAGACCCGCCACUCCUGCCCUCUAUGGAGGGAUGGCCACCACUACCAGCGCUCCAAAUUUCAGUGCCCUCACCCAAAACAAGAACCAAAAUCAAACCGGCAAAGCCCCUGACAUGUCCGCCCUAGACUCCCUCUUCACUUCUAAUAAACCCAAAGUCAGCCUGAACCAAAUGGCCCCUAAACCAGCCCAAGGAACCACUGCACCUUCUCCGUGGCUCAAUCAGUUUGGUACAGGCCAACCUUCCCAGACUGCACCCAUACAGGCACCUCCAAUGGGGAUGACGGGAGUUCAAGGUGGUUUUGGAGUCCAAGCAAACCCGUUCUUCAACCCCCAGAACUUCUCGCAACCCGUGGCUUCUUCCACAAUGAACACUGGCAUGAUAAAGCAAAGUGCUUCAGUCAACAACGAUUUUAAGGACCUCUUCGGAUAAAACAUAUGCCUUUCGUUCACAUUCCCUGUUAUGUGGGAAUCGAAAGCGAAACAACAUCAGCAGCGAAGAUGACAGUAAAAAAUUUAGUUGGAGGGUUGGACAUGGUAUCCUUGAAAGAUGAUUUUGUUUUAGUUUUUGUCUUUUUUGGGGGGGAUCUUAUCAUGGUGUGAAUCAAAAGCAAACUGCACCAAACAAACUGUCAUGUUUGUACUGAAAGCUUGGGCUCUUCUACCGAAAGCUGCUUCAGUUGGUGGAUGCCUUGCAUUUGGUGUAUCGUUUGGGUUAAAACGCGCCCCAGAAGAAAGAUACACAUACAAAAGGGUUAACAAAUUUGGCGUUACAAACUCAAGCUUUUUUGGUUUUAUUUCCUUUUUGCUAGAGCCUCACGUUCACUGCUCGCCUGAAUGAGCUGACUUCCUCUACCACAACAAACAUCAUCGAUGGCCUCAGAAAUUGCUGGUGAGGUCUCUCAGUUGUGUUCUCUCUCGUCUGAGAUAUGCGAUAGAUAAGUAAAUAAAUCAGUGCAUAGUUGGUACCUGAAUGAGUCUUUUUAUAAUGUGUUAUUUGUGUAUAUACUGUAUCUGGUGAUUAUUGUUUGAGUUUUAUACUGAGAAAUGAUCCACAGAGGUGAAAUUUAUUAAAGGAAGUACACUUUCUUCAUACUGUAGGUGCACUUAAUGUAAUUGAGCUUAAAAAAACCUGUAGGGUUUAAGAUAUUUUUGGGAUAUUGUCAGUACUUUUAAAGUGAGUUUGUGCUUCACUGUAAUGGCUUCGUUCAUGAAACACUAGCAGAAUGAAUUUCUGGGGCGAAUCUCAUGAAGAAGGGGGUCAUAUUUCAUCCCAAAACCCAAAGACAAAAUUACAAGGAUUUUUUUUUUCUGUAAUAAAAAAGACUUUUUAAGUUAGCUUAUUGUUAAAUUCAGUACAGAACUUAACAAUACUUAAAUAUUUACUUUAUAUUUCCAUUGUAUUCUCAUUAUUGUAAUGAGAGAAUGUGUAUUACACUUACAUAUUUUUUCAGAUUACAGUAAUGAAAAUAUUUUUGCAUUACGGUAAUGAGAAUUUUUUUUUUUUACCUUUUACAGAAAUACUUUUUUUUUUUUACAAUACAGAGAUGUUUUAUGAUAUUGAGAAUUCCUUUUAUUGCACUGCAUAAUGAGAAUUGGUGGAAAAUCUGCUUAAAUGUCAAGUACAUUUCACAAUGCAACAGGUUAGAAAUAUGUCUAAUAUGUUAAAAAAUAUAUAUUGUGCAUUUUGGGUUGAAAUAUGCACUUCCUAUAGUUCUUGGGAAAAUCACAUAGAAUUUUCCCAAGAACUAUAGGAAAAAGUUACAUAGAAAUGUGUUUCAUGAAUGAAGCCCGAUGCGUUUGUUUCUCUUUCCGUUCUCUGCUGUUACUUCCUGCCCUGUGUUAAAUCAUCUGUGUUAUCCUGUAAUGCUGUGUUUUUUGGGGGUGUUACAUUUAGCUACAUUUUUGUUUGUCUGUUAUUAUUAUAUACAGCAGUUUCCUGUUGUGGGAACUCAAUUCCAUAUCAUGACCAAACCGCUGCAACACAGCAAAUCACCAAAAUGUGUAUUAUUUCUGGAAAAGAACAUGAAUGAAGUGUACAGUAUAUAGAGGUGAACUGCCACCGCUUAGAGUUUUUCUUUUUCUUUUUUUUUCUUUUUUUAAUACGAAUGAAUCACUUUCCUGAGGAGAAUCUUUAAUAUCCAGACAGGUUUUAUUAAAAGGGAAUGCUUUUCCUGGUCUUAUGAAUGAGAGGCCUUAUGUUGAGAAUUGUGCAAUAGCAGGUCUGUGAUGGAGAUUGUGAAAAUAACUUUCUGUAUGAGCGUUUCACUACAUGCAGUUUUCAAAUAGUCUAAAUUAAGGUAGAUAAAACAUCUGGGUUGUUUUAAUUUUUAAAAAAUGUGAACUGAAUUGUUGGAAAGAUGGUGAUUUUUGGAAUCAAAUAAAUUGCUUAUUUAAAGGGUAA